CAGUAAGAUGCUCUCUAGAUUUCGGUUUUGUGUUGUUCCUCACAAAUAAUUCACGACGAAAAAUGCUCUAAAAGCCUUCUUCAACGACUAAAUAAGGUCACAGGGCUUUGAAGAGGAGCAAUGAGUAAGCAACCAGCUGGUGGCUUAAAAGGCAAGCAGAAGAGGCUGUCAAUAAGACGCACUCGUUCACCGAGCAAUGAAAUUGGCYGCCAUGAUGGAUCUACUGUCAACGAAGCAGUCGAAAGUGCCAUCCCGCCAGCCACUCGUGCUCGGCUCUGGAACCUUUUUGAACAGAUAGAAAGAGAGUUUGAAGGUGUCUACAUCGAGAAUUUAGCCUUAAGAGAAAGAGUAGAGAAACUAGAAUUAAUAAUAAAUGGAGAGAAGAAUAUUGACGGAGGAGAUGGGUCAGGCGAUGGGAUGCCAGCCAAACCUGGUUAUCUGAAGAAACCAUCUGCAAGUCAACUGAUGUCGCAGAAACUAAAAACUACAUACAAGGCAUCUACUAGUAAAAUUGUAUCAAGUUUUAAAAUUCCUAAUCAAGCUGCAAGUAUAGAGUGCCGUAGGUUAAAGAGCUAUGUUGGUCACAGAGAUGGUGUAUGGGAGGUGUCCUAUGCUCGUCAUGGACCUGCUGUUAUUGCCACAGCAUCUGCAGAUCGUUUAGCACGUUUAUGGGAUGUUGAAACUGGUCAAUGUCUUUUAAAGUACCUGGGUCACAUUGGAUCAGUGAAUUCAGUCAGAUUCCACCCCACAGAACCUCUUGUGUGUACAGCUUCUGGAGAUGGAACCUGUCAUGUAUGGAGAGCUAAUGUAUCAAUACCUGAACCACGCUCUCUUCCUGGAUCUGCUGAUGAAGCUGAUGCUGGUCAGAGUGAUCAAGAUGACGCUGAAGGUCUUGAUAAUCAGGAUGGGUCCACCCCUACGAUUAUUAAAUCACCAACACUGGAACUCAAAGGACAUGAAGGUUCAUUAAGUGCUGCAGACUGGUUUACUACUGGUAAACAAAUAGUUACAGCAUCUUGGGAUAGAACAGCCAAGCUUUGGGAUGUAGAGACUGGAGAACAAGCCCAUACACUUACAGGUCAUGAUCAGGAGCUCACACACACGUGUACACACCCUAUCCAACAACUGAUUGUCACAUCCUCUACUGAUACCACAUUCAGAUUAUGGGACUUCAGGACUCCUUCUAUUCACUCUGUCAAUGUAUUCCAGGGACAUUCUGAGUGUAACAUGCACACCCCAAGAAUAACUGUUUGUAAGAGUAAAAGCGAACCAUAUGUUCAAGUUCCUUGUGGUAGUAAUCCUUUGUUGUUGUUAUCUUGUAGAUUAUCUGUAUCGCCAAUCAAUAAUGUUAUUGCCAUACCUCAUGAUAAUCGCCAUAUUCGUCUGUUCGACUUGAAUGGCGUGAGAUUAGCAAGACUUCCUCGCCGAAAUGGCCAGGGUCAUCAAAGGAUGGUGUGCUGUACAGCUUGGGGAGAUGAGAACAGCACUAAAGGAUGUAACCUUUUCUCGUGCGGUUUCGACAGACGUGUGCUUGGAUGGCAAGUUGUUACAACCAAAGAAGAAAAAUGAGGACCUCUAGUUCAAAAUCGCUAAAUAUAUUAAUUUUCAUUAACAGGUCACAUGACCAUUGUCCCCAUGUUCGAUGGUAAAUUAUACAUAGUCCAUUGCCGAAAUCCAACGAAACUCCAUAUGCUUUCUUUUCUUCUCAUCUCUUCUAUUUUUCUUCCCACUGUUGUUGGCUUUUAUAGCCGCCACCUUGGUUGAACUUUACAAAGGGAUUCGUUAUCCGUCUCCUUUUUACAUGAAACAACAUGGCCGCCAUUUCUAUCCAACAUGGUGGACAUACAUCAUGUGACCUGAUAGUAAAUAUCAUUUAAUUACAAUUUUUAUUGCACAUGAAUUAUGUGCUUAAAUUAUUUCUUUGUUACGAAUUAUUUUAAACUAAACUACCUAUAGAGGUUUUGCACGAUCACGUGCCGGCGC